AUGAAAAUGCAAAAAGAAAUAUUACCAUCGAAACAUCCUCAAUUUAUUAUGAUUCAUUCAAACAUCGCUGCUGUUUAUGAAAAAUUAAAGGAGUAUACAUUAGCUUUAGAACACUACAUAAUAGCAUUCAAUAUUGCAAAACAACAAUCAUCAACGUUAAUGCAUCCAAAAUUGAUUGAAUUACAAAAGAAUAUUGAAAUUGUCAAGCUAAAAUUAACGGUACAAGAAUUUCAUCUAUCACUUACUUCAUCGUCUUGA